CUGCACUAGGAAAGCACCAAAUGUUCUGCUCAAGACAUGGAGUUGCGGGACAAACAAGCUAGACCCGAAAGAGGACACGUUGCAGGAGGAAGUUCAUCAGCAGGGAGAAAUGAAGACAAUGAACUUUGAAUUUCUACAUGGAAGUUCACAGUCUCCAAAUUUUUCUUAAACCUCUGCCAUCUUACACCACUUACUUGCCAAUGAACGUGGGAGACCAAAUGAGAAGAGAGGAGGCAAAUGAAGUGAGAAGGCCAGCAGAGGAGUCCGAAGAGGGUUUUCAAAGUGUGAUCCGUGUUUCAACUUGCCAGCUGGAUAGACGGUUUCAUCAAUAGAGGGCGCUGUAAGAAGUGGUUGCUGGAAGACACUUUUAGGUUUCAUUCUCCAGGCAGAGGCUGUGAGAGCCCAGUAGCAGUAUUAAGGAGGAACUUGAGCUGCACCCUCGGGCCAUUUCUCCCGAUCAGAGACUUCUUCCGAGCAUUUUCAUCCUUCUGUGCCCACCGGCAAUCAUUGGCCAUUUCUGUAGAGCACCUUGGGCUCGAGGCACAGCGGAAGACGGGACCAGCUUCUACUCAACCCCACUCAGCCGCAACGAUGAAUUGCCUUUACAGCCAAGCUCCAGCCUCGGCUUUCAUGAUAAUGAAUGCAUUACUACACUUCCUUUGCCGUCACAAGGAUACAGUGCCUCACAGCUCGUCUCACAUCGAAUGCAACCUUCUUCCGCUGCUGUUCCCUCCAGAAUGCAUGUCUUUGGGAAGAAAGGAGUUCGGGGAAGCAGAGAUGGCAGUCCAGUGGCUUGGAAAGUCCACCUUCCACAUACCCUGCCUAUUUCAAGACAUCGAAUCUGAAUACCAGUCUGCUUGUCAGGAAGGAAUAAUUGCAAAAGACCUCAACGAAGCCUACGCAAUAAGAGCGGGAAGCAAGAAAACACAAGUGUUGUGAAACAGGAGCACAAAGCCGCUAGGACAGAACGAGCCAAGACGAGAAGACAUGAGGUUUGCGGAUGCUUUCCAUAGCCUGUUGGCUUCUCAAGUUCCCUGUCAGUCUUGGGACUCUCCUACAGCCUCUACCCAUCCCUGGGAUUUAGUUUGUCAGUUUCCCCCAGAUCAGCAAUGGACUCCCAACAUCGUUCAAUGAGUCCCCUCCAAGCUAAUGAAGCCCCAGCUGAGCAUCAGGGCUCAUUGUGAAAGACGGGAAAUCUGUAAGUUCCCAAGAGCCAGUCGAGAGGGGUGGAGUGUUGGAGGAGGCCAUGCAGAGGUCAAGACUGCUGGAAGACCCUCCAGCUGGUCCCCGGGCAAUUGGAAGCCCCGCCCCCUUCCCCUAUUUUUCCACGUGUGCUCUCUGCCUGCCCUUCCCACGGUUGGAAUGGCGGCUGGAACUGUUUUCAAGGACACAGUCUCGAGAGAGCAACCCGUUGUUGAGACCCUUUGAACCCCACUAAGGCCUCCGUAUGAACGGUGAAGACUUUGGUGGUCAUGUGCAGAGAUUUACUUGUCUUGAGGUUGCCCCAGACAAGCCUCUGCAAAUUCAAGUGGAGGAAAAAGAAGAUGACACAGAUGAAAGUUCAAGUGAGGAGGAAGAGGAGGAGGAAGAUAAACUGCCUCGAAGGGAGAGCUUGAGACCAAAGAGGAAACGGACCAGAGAUGUUAUCAAUGAGGAUGACCCAGAACCUGAACCAGAGGAUGAAGAAACAAGGAAGGCCAGAGAGAAGGAGAGAAGGAGGAGGCUGAAGAGAGGAGCGGAAGAAGAAGAAGAAAUUGAUGAAGAGGAAUUGGAAAGAUUGAAGGCAGAGUUAGACGAGAAGAGACAAAUGAUUGCUACUGUCAAAUGCAAACCUUGGAAAAUGGAGAAGAAAAUUGAAGUUCUCAAGGAAGCAAAAAAAUUUGUGAGUGAAAAUGAAGGAGCCCUUGGGAAAGGGAAAGGAAAGCGGUGGUUUGCAUUUAAGAUGAUGAUGGCCAAGAAAUGGGCAAAAUUUCUUCGUGAUUUUGAAAACUUCAAAGCUGCCUGCGUCCCUUGGGAAAAUAAAAUCAAGGCGAUUGAAAGUCAGUUUGGCUCCUCCGUGGCCUCAUACUUCCUCUUCUUGAGAUGGAUGUAUGGGGUAAACAUGGUUCUCUUCAUCCUGACGUUCAGCCUCAUCAUGUUGCCAGAGUACCUCUGGGGUUUGCCAUAUGGCAGUUUACCUAGGAAGACAGUUCCCAGAGCUGAAGAGGCAUCUGCGGCUAACUUUGGUGUGUUGUACGACUUCAACGGCUUGGCGCAAUACUCCAUCCUCUUUUAUGGAUAUUAUGACAAUAAACGAACAAUUGGAUGGAUGAAUUUCAGGCUGCCGCUCUCCUAUUUUCUGGUGGGGAUCAUGUCCAUUGGCUACAGCUUUCUGGUUGUCCUUAAAGCGAUGACCAAAAAUAUCGGGGAUGAUGGGGGUGGUGAAGACAACACAUUCAACUUCAGCUGGAAGAUGUUUACGAGCUGGGACUACCUGAUCGGCAACCCGGAAACAGCAGACAACAAAUUCAAUUCUAUCACCAUGAACUUUAAGGAAGCAAUCAUAGAGGAAAGAGCAGCCCAAGUAGAAGAAAACGUCCACUUGAUCAGAUUCCUGAGGUUUCUCGCUAACUUCUUCGUGUUUCUAACACUUGGCGGGAGUGGAUACCUCAUCUUUUGGGCUGUGAAGCGAUCCCAGGAAUUUGCACAGCAAGAUCCUGACACCCUUGGGUGGUGGGAGAAGAAUGAAAUGAACAUGGUCAUGUCCCUGCUGGGGAUGUUCUGCCCAACACUGUUUGACUUAUUUGCUGAAUUGGAAGACUACCAUCCCCUCAUCGCUCUGAAAUGGCUACUGGGACGCAUUUUUGCUCUACUUUUAGGCAACCUGUAUGUAUUUAUUCUGGCCUUGAUGGAUGAGAUUAACAACAAGAUUGAAGAGGAGAAGCUGGUAAAGGCCAAUAUUACCCUCUGGGAAGCCAACAUGAUCAAGGCCUACAAUGCCUCCCUCACCGGAAAUAGCACUGGGCCACCUUUUUUUGUGCACCCCGCAGAUGUACCUCGAGGACCCUGCUGGGAAACAAUGGUAGGGCAGGAAUUUGUGCGGCUGACCGUUUCUGAUGUUCUGACCACUUACGUCACGAUCCUCAUUGGGGACUUUCUCCGGGCAUGUUUUGUGAGGUUUUGCAAUUAUUGCUGGUGCUGGGAUUUGGAAUAUGGAUAUCCUUCCUACACUGAAUUUGACAUCAGCGGCAAUGUCCUCGCUCUGAUCUUCAACCAAGGCAUGAUCUGGAUGGGCUCCUUCUUCGCCCCCAGCCUCCCAGGCAUCAAUAUCCUUCGACUCCACACAUCCAUGUAUUUCCAGUGCUGGGCCGUGAUGUGUUGCAACGUCCCUGAGGCCAGGGUCUUCAAAGCUUCCAGAUCGAAUAACUUCUACCUGGGCAUGCUGCUGCUCAUCCUCUUCCUGUCCACCAUGCCCGUCCUGUACAUGAUCGUGUCGCUGCCGCCAUCUUUUGACUGUGGCCCCUUCAGUGGCAAAAAUAGAAUGUUCGAAGUCAUUGGAGAAACACUGGAGCAUGAUUUCCCAAGCUGGAUGGCAAAGAUCUUGAGGCAGCUUUCUAAUCCCGGAUUGGUCAUCGCUAUCAUUUUGGUUAUGGUCUUGACCAUCUAUUACCUCAAUGCUACUGCAAAGGGCCAGAAGGCAGCAAAUCUGGAUCUAAAAAAGAAGAUGAAACAGCAAGCUUUGGAGAACAAAUUGCGCAACAAGAAAAUGGCAGCUGCCCGAGCAGCUGCGGCUGCUGGUGGCCAGUAACUUUCAUAGACACGCUGGGACCCAGAAGUACUCCUCACCUUGCUGUUUAAAACCAAUGACUCACAUAAAAGUCAAGAUGACAAGCAUCG